CGGUUCCGGUCUGUUGCCGGGGCAACCCCAACGGUCGCGGAAUUUGAAUUUGUGGCGGUGGAGGCUCCACGUGUGACGUCCUCACGCCCCUCACCGCACACAGCAGCGCCGCUCCCUUUAACCCGCAAUCUAAUCAUACACAAUAGAGCUCUCGGCAAACUAGCGAGUGUGUGCGUGGUUGUUUUUCCUUUGUUGUAAAACGCAUCCGUUAUCAUUCACCAGCUUCUCCGUAGAUCGUUUUCUCGUGUUCAAUUCGGGGCCUUUUGACGUUUUUUUACGACCGGGUUUGUUUGUACGUGUUAAAAUUACAAACCGCCAUGCCCCGUAAGAGUACCUCGACGGGCGGCGCCUCCAAGCGUAAACCUCCGGCGCCAAAGCGGAGGCAGCCGCUGCCUGUCGCGGAGUCCCCCGAGCGGAGGGUGCGUGCCAGCCCCUCGUCUUCUGUCGCCCGGCGCCCUGCGAGAGAACACUCUCCAACGAAAAGGAAGCAUCGUUUUCGGCCAGGCUCCAGGGCACUACUCGAGAUCCGCAAGUAUCAGAAAUCCACAGACCUGCUCCUCCGCAAGCUUCCAUUUUCACGUCUGGUUCGUUACGCAUCUACUAAUGGAAUGGGAUCAAUAUGGGUGAGGGAACUGACUAGUCAUCUUACGGUGCAUCCGUUGAAUUGGCAAUCGGUUGCAUUAUUGGCUCUGCAGGAGGCCACGGAGGCAUUCCUCGUGAAGCUGUUUGAAGACUCCAACCUGUGCACCAUCCACGGCAAGCGGGUGACACUCUUCCCACGCGACAUGCAGCUCGCACGACGGAUACGUGGCAUAGAACACUUCUGAGCGGCUGCACUUUUGACAAGGACCUGCAUUUGUUUUGCGUGGCAUGCAUAACACGAACCAGGAAGCAACAUCAGAUGGCAGAGCCGAGCUUUCGAGAACGACAGGGCCAAUCCCAUCAUUGGUGGACGCUGCCUACUCACACAGCAGAACAAGGUUAAGUUUGCUCACCGUUUAUAAAUCGUUCACGGACAGGCGCAGAGGCAGCGUGUGCCGAGGCCCUUCGUUAUAAGCUAAGCAAAAGUGUGGGGAGUUUCCAAUUUAAUCGUGUAGGUCUGGUAUAGAAUAUCGGCAUUUUAAAAGGAUAAUUACAUCCUCAGGUCGUUUUAACCUGUGAAGUGUGUUUUAACUUGUUAAUUUUCAACACUUGGUCCAGAGUGGUUAACUUAUACAAGUCUUUGUAUUAUGAAACAUUUUUAUGUCUUGAUAAAUUGUCGACCCUGUAUAAUUUGUAUUUGUAACCCUGCUAGCAAUGAAUGUAUAUAAAACAAUUCUGCCACGUAAUAAGGACCGUAGGGAUUUUUUUAUGUUAUUGUGACAGAUGGUAGGUAUUUUAAGAAGUUUAUCUGGCUAUAAGCACACUAUAUUUGCAACACAUUCUUGCAUUUCACUUGUGGGAAAUUUUAGGGAAACAGCCGCUACAAGAACGUUGCAUGAGCACAUUUGGACUUUCUCCCAAGCAGGCAGUGUGCUUAUAUCAAACUUGGACUGCAUUCGUGCCUGCAGACCUGGUAGUAGACUGAACACAUUCAUCCAUAAGCCCACUUGUCAGAACCACGCGAGGUAGCGCAUAACUUGUGGUUCCAAUUUCUGUGGCCAAUAAAAUGCGGAUUGUGAUAACCAUCCGAAAUGAGUGGAUUAUCAAAUGACUAUUAGCCAUAUUCAUACAUGGGUACGACUAAAGUUUUAUGACGAGUUUAAACAGAAUUAAUUCAUAGGUUUGGUUACCACACUAAGUUGGUUGUGUCCCUGUGUAGUUUUAAUCUAAGGCAGUUUAGGACAGUAUUUGCCUCCUGGAAACACCAAAUAAAAUACAAAUGUUGGAUACAGCUCCUAAACUAACAAAAAGCCUGGUCAAAGUCUGGCGACAUAUAAAAAUGGUUG